AGUCCAAUGGAGACCAUCCUGCUUUAUCUGAUGGUCCUAUGUGCGGCUGUCAAGGCCCACAAGGUUCAAGUUUGUCCCAAGCGUUGCGUGUGCCAGAUGCUCAACCCCAAUUUGGCCACGCUUUGCGACAAAAAGGGGCUUCUAUUCGUGCCCCCCAACAUCGACCGGCAUACGGUGGAAAUGCGCCUGGGGGAUAAUUUUGUCACAAGCAUCAAGCGCAAGGACUUUGCUAACAUGACCAAGCUGGUGGACCUGACGCUUUCUCGCAACACCAUCGGGAAUAUUGUGCCGCACGCCUUUAAGGACCUGGAGAACCUGCGGGCGCUCCACCUGGACAGCAACCGGCUGACACGCAUCACCAAUGACACCUUCAGCGGCAUGUCCAAGUUGCACCACCUCAUCCUCAACAACAACCAGCUCACACACGUUCAGAUCGGGGCCUUCAACGACCUGACGGCUCUGGAGGAGCUCGACCUGUCCUACAACAAUCUCGAGAGGGUCCCCUGGGUGGCCAUCCAGAGAAUGUCAAGCCUCCACACCCUCAACCUGGAUCACAACAUGCUCAGCUACAUCCCAGAGGGCACCUUUUCGGGUCUACAGAAGCUCAAAAGGCUGGAUGUGACCUCCAACAAGCUCCAGAAGCUACCCCCGGACCCCAUUUUCCAAAGAGCGGGGGUCCUGGCCACCUCGGGGAUCAUGGGGCCCACAUCGUUCGCAUUAAGCUUCGGCGGGAACCCUCUGCGGUGCAACUGCGAACUACUGUGGCUAAGAAGGUUGCGACGGGAGGACGAUCUGGAGACAUGCGCUACGCCUCAACACCUCUCAGGACGCUAUUUCUGGACCGUGUCGGAAGAGGAGUUUCUGUGCGAGCCUCCUCUCAUCACCAGACACUCUCAGGAGCUGCGGGCCCUGGAGGGUCAGAGUGUGACGCUACGUUGUAAGGCUCGGGGUGAUCCAGAUCCCAUCAUCCACUGGAUCGCCCCUGACGGACGCCUCAUGUCGAACUCUUCCAGAGCCUCCGUGCAUACCGACGGCACUCUCGACAUACUCAUCAGCACCGUCAAGGACUCAGGCUCCUUCACCUGUGUGGCGUCCAACCCAGCCGGAGAAGCCCAGCAGAAGGUGGACCUGGUCAUUGCGAAGCUGCCUCACAUUACCAACAAUACGGCUGCUGAGCAAGAGCCCGACCCGGGGUCUUCCGACAUUGCCACGGUCACCAAGACAGGAGCAGAGGGUCCGGGCGGCGGGGUGCCCCUGGGGAACGCCAAGACUGGCCUGGAGAAGAAGGUGGUCAUAGCCGAGGCUACGUCCACCUCGGCUGUGGUCCACUUUAACUUCCAGAGAAACAUUCCGGGCAUCCGCAUGUUCCAGAUCCAAUACAACGGGACCUACGACGACUCGCUGGUUUACAGAAUGAUCCCACCCACCAGCGAGAGCAUCCUGGUCAACAACCUAGCAGCGGGAACGCAGUACGACCUGUGCGUGCUGGCCAUCUAUGACGACCAGAUCACCUCGCUGACCGCCACCCGGGUCAUCGGCUGUGUUCACUUUUCCACCGAUCCGCAGUAUCUGAGAUGCCACUUCAUGCAGUCCCAGUUUCUAGGCGGGACCAUUGUGGUCAUCAUUGGAGGGAUUAUCGUGGCUUCUGUGCUGGCGUUUAUUAUCUUCCUCAUUGUGCGCUACCGGGUGUGCAACCAGGGAGAUGCAGAUAAGGCUCUGGAGAUGGGUGAUAUUCGUUCCCUGAGCAGCGACGGGCAACUUCAGGGCUGCGGACUCCCCAAGUCUCUGUCCAAGCAGGUCCUACGUCCGGAGAAGAACGACAAGGAGUAUCUGCGAGUCGCUCUCCCGCCCCUGGAGCCGGUCAAGCAGCGAGCAUCCAUCGCCAACACCGGCACAGCCAAACCUUCCCUGCCUGACUGCACCGUGUCCACUUCGGCCGCCAGCCACAGUUGGCACCCGGCUUCCCCGGGUGUCCCGAGGGUGAAGCGCCCGGCGACUUCGUCGAAACCGUCCGACAUCCUUCGAGCUGAGGCUCAAGCUGACGUUGAACUCAACAACGUCAACCGUAAUAACUCCUCGGAGGCAAAGGUGCCACCCGUGGUAUCCUGCGCCCAAGCCUACAAAUGGACUGCAGCUCCCAGGGUCCCGCGGGCACGUCAGGCCCCUCGUCAGUACAUGACAGUGCCGGCGGGCGCCAUCAGGGUCAACCGCAGACACUCUCUCAACACGGACUCGUCCAGGGAGCGGCUGUACGUGGCGUACCCCAAAGCGGGGGCCGGCCUGCGCUCCAAGCGAAGCCUGUCCAUGAGCGGAGAACUUCCGCAGAUGCACAACGCCGCAAACAUUCAACGGGCCCGUGACAAGCUGUCCCACUCUGAGUGGCUCCUGGAGAGCACCCUAUGACUCGGCGUUUAUCGACGGAUUUUUUCCUGAACUGGAUUGUGGCCUGUUUUGAACCGCUUUGCCUUGGCGUUGGCACUCAGCCACUCCAGGGGGGGGGGAGCUUGAAGGUCCCCCUCGCAAAUCAAAGGGAAUGCGAACGGGUUUACGGACCAGCUUUUGAUUUAUACGCUAUAACCAAUCGACAUCUUCUUCGCGAGUAGACCACGAGAAGCACAACAUGUAUAAAACAAGCUCCUGUACAAAGAUUUUCCAAGGCAUACAGUAUAUCUCAAGGCGACUAUGGAAACACAUUUGCAUUUUUAUUCAACAUUCUUGAAAUCCAUCUUAGGGCCAAGGAUGACAAAUAAAUCCUCAAAUAUCCUUCUCUGAAACUGUUUGAGAAGUUAUUCCAUAGCCUCGAUAUCAAGCAUAAGGGACAUUAAUGACGAGUAUGGUCUUUGUCUUUCAACAAAGAUAAUUCAAGUUUGGACUCUGGAUGUUCUAAUGUGCUGAAUGGACCUGAAGAUAGAUCGCAAGGAUAAGGAAUAAAUUGCCAAAUGGCUUUCCAUUGGCGAUCCUUAUUGUCAUUCCGAAUGCAGUAACCCGGACACUCUGUACGAUAAAGACAGACGAGGACUCGCCUCUGAAUGACCUUGGUGUUUUUUUGGGGUUUUUUUAGUGUGUGUGUGUGGAUAUAAUGAAUGUCCUUUUACAUCCCAGACACAGCACAAUGCAGCAUUUUUUUUUUUUCCUCGGUGGCACGAGUUGGCUCAGCUUGAUACUGCCCUCCGAUUUGAAUCGAUCAAAUCACUUUUAUCACGUAAUUACGCAAAGACCCGACGGCAUGGUGACGUUAUGCGACGAGCUUCAGACAAAUGAAGACAUUUUCCAUGCUUCCUUCAAUCUUUCUUUUUUUAACGUAUUAUCAUGCUGAUGUAUAAAUUAACUUGUAAAAGGAACGAGCACA